AUGCACCGUCUGAAUUUGUUCAUUGUAAUAUUCUUAACUUGUUUAAAAUUUAGUGUUUUAUUAGAAACAAUCAAUGACGAUUUGAAAUCAAGAGUUUUAUCAAGAAAUAAGAGAUAUGUCGCUUUUCCGGAAGGAUCUAGUUUUUCGGUAGCCGGUUGUAUGACAGUUGGUGUAAUCGGGCAGCCAGCUCCUUCUACAAGCCCUGGAACCUUUACUUUUGGACUAAACUGGGCGAUAGCAUACGAAUUACCAAAUAGUACUGAGACCGCCGCAUAUUAUCAUAUAUAUAAACGUAAAAUAUUCAGACAACAACACAUGCAGCAGAGGAAAUAUAGGCGAGAUUUGUAUGGAAAACUAGAAGCCAUUAUGGAUAAUAUGGGUUAUAACGGCAGAGGUUGUAUUCUAAAGACUUUGUGCGAAGCGAACCAGAGACUGCUGCCUCGUGGUGAUAACAUGAUUGAAGAAAUGUUUCGAACUUUGUUUACAUUACCCCCAACAAAAGUACUAGCAACGGAACCAUUGGAGCAUGCCAUUUACGACGCAGCGCAUCGUCUGGGAGGAAUAAUAGAUGGAUGUGACCGGUUCAAAUGUCCCAUAUCUCUCGUUGAUCUGAUAAAAGGAUACUAUAACGCUCCUUCUCCAACUGUUGAUACCGGGAGAAGUCCUUGGUCUUUGUUUAGCAGUUCAUUUCAAUAG